ACGGUGCUUUUACUCCUUCCAGGAGAGGGAACACAUUUGCCUUCAUCUGGAUUACAUCGAAAUCAAUGCAGGACAGCGCCAACCGGCGGCUACUCCAAUAACUCCAAUGCCAAAGAAUUCAGAGUCCAACAUGACAUUGAUGGUUCUUGGAAUGUUCCUGAGGUUUGUUCUGGAAGUGUUGACAUACAGCCCCACCAUAAUUCCAAGGACAUCAUGGAAAUGGCAAGAUAUCACUUUGAUAGAAUUCUCAGAACCAGGAGUCUUCAAUUACUCCACUCUGUUACUGAGUGAAGAUAAAGGUGUGCUGUAUGUGGGUGCAAGGGAAGCCAUCUUUGAGCUGAACAUGAGAAAUGUGUCAGUCAUGAAUAAAAAGGUAAUUUGGAAAGUUCCAGAAGGCAGUAUUACUAUGUGCACCUUAAAAGGGAAGUCUAAAGAGACAGAGUGCCUUAAUUACAUCCGAGUUCUUCAAGUGCUUAAUGAUGACAGUCUGUAUGUCUGUGGGACACAUGCUUUCCAGCCCCUCUGUGACUAUCUGUCUAUCAAAGAUUUUAAAUUGGAACACAAUCUAGAAGAUGGUAAAGGAAAGUGUUCUUUUGAUCCUGCACAAAGUUUCACCACAGUCAUGGUUGAUGGAGAGCUUUUCUCUGGGACUGCUUACAAUUUCCUAGGAAGUGAGCCAAUAAUUUCCAGAUACUCUGGUUCACAAAAUCUGUUGCGGACAGAGUACUCAACAUCCUGGUUAAAUGAGCCCAGUUUUGUUUUUGCAGACGUCAUCAGAGAAAGCAAAAAUGCAGAUGGUGAGGAUGACAAGAUCUAUUACUUCUUCACGGAGGUGUCAGUGGAGUACGAUUUCUUUGGCAAACUGUUGAUCCCCAGGAUAGCUCGCGUAUGCAAGGGUGAUCUUGGAGGACAGAGAACUCUGCAGAAGAAGUGGACGACCUUUCUGAAGGCUAAGUUGAUAUGCUCCAUGCCUGAGAUCAACUUUGUUUUCAAUGUGGUCCAUGACAUAUUCAUCCUGAAGACCAAAGACUGGAGGGAAUCUAUCAUUUAUGGUGUCUUCACAUCACAGUGGGGAAACAUAGGUUUAUCAGCAGUGUGUGCCUACAGCAUGUUAUCAGUGAAUGAAGUGUUCUCACAGGGGAAGUACAUGCAGAAGGCUACAGUGGAACAGUCCCACACAAAGUGGGUGAGGUAUAGUGGGAUCACACCCAGUCCUCGUCCAGGAGCGUGCAUCAACAACAGCAAUCGACUAGAGAAUAUCACCAGCUCACUUCACUUACCAGAUAAAACUCUGCAGUUUAUCAAAGACCACCCUCUGUUGGAAGACCCUGUCCUUCCCAUUGGCAACGGCCCCAAACUUAUCAUGAAGGAUGUCAGUUACACACAAAUUGUUGUGGAGAGGGUACGGGCUCUUAACAGCAAGGUGUAUGAUGUCAUCUUCACAGGGACUGAUAAAGGACUCCUGCACAAAUCUGUUGUUUAUGACAGUGAAGUUUACACAGUUGAAGAAAUACAGCUGUUUCCAAAUUCUGAACCUAUAAAGACCCUGCGUCUCUCCUCUUGGGGGGUGGGGUUCCUCUAUGCUGGGUCAGACACACGGAUUGUGCAGUCUCCUAAAGCAUUCUGUCACAAGUACCACUCCUGUGAGAAAUGCAUCCUGGCACGGGACCCCUACUGUGCAUGGGACCCUAACUCCCAAGCUUGUUUCAAUAUAUUGCAAGACCAGAGCAAUACACAAUGGAACUCAAUACAAAGUCUUAAAGGUGAUGCAGACGAAUGCCCUAAAGGGAUGACCCUGACUGGCAAGGAUUUCCACCACAUCUCUGUUAAACUCGGAUGCUCUGCAGAGCUACCAUGCCAUCUGAGCUCAAAUCUGGAGCAGGCGAUGUGGAAGAUUAACAGCAGAGUAUUGGCUGAAGCAUCACCUUUCCACCUGCAGGGCAAAGACAGCCUGCUCAUCUACAGUGUGGGCCCAGAGGAGCUAGGCCACUAUGAAUGCUGGUCCCUGGAAAGAGUUGGUGCCAAGAACUUUACCCAUUUAGUCAGCAGCUACGUGUUGAGUUUGGACUUGGACUCUCCUAUACCUCACUCUCCCAUUGACAGCUCAGCCCUGUACACUCUAGGGGGCAUUCCUUCAGUCUCUUCAUCCUCUUCCUCUUUCUCGACAUCUUCCUCAUCCUCUUAUGAGAUAUGGGUUGGUAUCAAGGCACUUUGCAAGGAUUUGCACUUCCUGCUGGCCAUGCAGAGUGCCCAGGCAUGGGGUCUACAGAUUCAAUCAGUCUUUGUGCUUUUCCGUCUUGCUAUGGAAAUAAGUCAAAGGACAAUGCAUACAGCAAAAGAAGGGGACAGCAGCAUCACCUGUAGUACCAGCCAGAUGGCAAUGCCACAGUUGGGGUGACCAGUUUAGUUCCCUUGGCUAGAAAUUUCCUUCCUGAAAUCUGAUCACUGUCACUGUCAAAUUCUGUGCAUUUACCCAUAUGUACAGCAGAGGCUUGUGGCAGCUGAAAUUAUCCCAGUCCAUUGCACAUUUUUCCCAUUUCGUAUGGCAACAAACUGUUUGUG